CUCUCCUUCCUGUUUUUCACAAGUUCCUGUCUUUUUACUGACGCUAGUGUUGUCGCAGCCUGGAAGGAGUUAAAGCUUCCCAUGAAUCCUUUGUUUAGGAUUCCUAACUAGGAGGGCUGCGAUACAGAAAGCGCUUUGAAAUCUCCCAACACAUGUUUGUUGUGAAGAUCGAGCUGACCAUGCUCUGGAGCUUAUUUCCUAGGUGUAGCUGACGUUGGGGGGUUGGAAAUUUGGCUUGAGAUGAAGUGAAGGGGGGGUGGAAGAGGAAACCCCAUUCACACAGAGAUCACCCAGCACAAGACACGCUGAGCCGAGAGUUUUCUCUAGUCCUUGGGGAAAACUAGCUUCACAAUCUUCUCCUGAUGGAACUCAGGAGGACAAACAUUCCUAUGAUUCCCAAAAGCUGCUGAAACACUUUCUGAAGAUUUGGUUUAAUUAUGGAAUCACUGAGGGAAUCUAUUCUUCAUUUAACAUUUCAGAUGUCAACAUACAAACGAGCCACACUGGAUGAAGAGGAACUGUUGGACACCGGCUCCGAUGGGAUCUACCACACCUCUACCAUGCAGGUGGGGGUUCAGCGUGGUCUGGGACUCCGGUGCUGGGCGGAGAAAACACAUGUUGAGAGGAAGCUAGUGGUCGUCGUGUGUGCUCUGUCCGUGGCUCUGUUCAUUUGCAUCAUGACUUUGGGUCUGCACUAUAAAGAAUCACAUCCGGGAAUGUGCCUGUCAGAGCCUUGUGUUAGUGUGGCAAGUAGAGUCUUGGGGGCUCUCGAUCGGUCAGUGGACCCCUGCCAGGAUUUCUACAACUUUGCAUGCGGGGGUUGGAUGAGGAAAAACCCGUUGCCUGAAGGCAAGUCCCGCUGGGGUCCUUUCAGCAACCUGUGGGAACACAACAUGGCCAUCAUGAAGAACUUAUUAGAGAAUACCAGCAUGAAGAGCCUGAGCAAAGCGGAACAAAAAGCCCAGUGGUAUUACCAAGCUUGUAUGAACGAGAUUAAAAUUGAAGCACUCGGGGCAAAACCACUACAGGAUCUCAUCAAUCAGACAGGAGGCUGGGGCUUGAAAGGCCCGUGGGAGAAAGAUAACUUUCAGGAGGUUUUACGGACUGUGUCGGCCAACUUCCGAACCUCCCCCUUUUUCACUGUUUUUGUCAGCACAGACUCAAAAAGCUCCAACAGCAACAUCAUCCAGGUGGAUCAGUCAGGAUUGGGACUUCCCUCUAGGGAAUACUAUCUCAAUAAGACAGCCAAUGAAAAGUAUUUAAAAGCAUACUUGAACUUCUUGGUGGAGCUUGGAAUCCUCUUGGGCGGCUCAGAGGAGACCUCUCAGAAGAUGAUGCAGGAAAUCAUAGACUUUGAAACGGCACUGGCAAACAUCACAGUCCCUCAGGAAGAGCGGCGUGACGAGAUGAAAAUUUACAAUAAAAUUCAAGCCAAAGAGUUAGCUACAUUGGCUCCUGCAGUAGACUGGAUGCCUUUCCUCUCUGCAGUGUUCGCCCCUGUUGCCCUAAAUGACUCUGAACCCGUGGUUGUGUACGCUAAAGAAUACCUCCAGAAAGUCUCAGAACUCAUCAGCAACACCAGCAAGAGCGUCUUGAAUAACUACAUGAUCAUGAAAGUGGUGCGGAAAAUGGUGUCCAUUUUAGACCAGAGGUUUCAAGAUGCAGAGCAGCGCUUCCUUGAAGUCAUGUAUGGCACCAAGAAGAGCUGCACGCCACGCUGGAAACUUUGCGUCAGCGACACGGAUAGCGCUCUGGGCUUUGCUCUCGGGGCGCUCUUUGUCAAAGCUACUUUUUCCGAAGACAGCAAAGCUUUUGUUGAAGAUAUGGUCUCCGAGAUCAAAUGGGCCUUUGAAGACAGCCUGAAGACUGUCAGCUGGAUGGAUUCCGAGACAAAAAAAGCAGCCAAAGAAAAGGCAGAUGCAAUAUACAACAUGGUUGGUUAUCCAAAGUUUAUUAUGAACCCCAAAGAGCUGGACAAGGUGUUUAAUGACUUUGAUGUUGUUUCAGAUCUCUACUUUCAAAACGUCAUGAAUUAUUACAACUUCUCUGAACGAGUGACUGCUAACCAGCUGAGAAAAGUCCCCAACAGAGAUCAAUGGAGUAUGACUCCACCUACAGUUAAUGCCUACUACAACCCCACAAAGAAUGAGAUGGUACUUCCAGCAGGCAUUCUCCAAGCUCCAUUUUAUAACCAUGCUUGGCCAAAAGCAAUGAAUUUCGGGGGUAUAGGUGUGGUUAUGGGGCAUGAGCUCACCCAUGCCUUUGACGAUCAAGGAAGAGAGUAUGAUAAGGAUGGGAAUUUGCGUCAGUGGUGGCAAAAUUCUUCAGUGGAGGCUUUUAAACACCAGACCCAGUGCAUGGUGGAGCAGUACAGCAACUACAGUAUAAACAAAGAACCUCUAAACGGGAAACACACUUUGGGAGAAAAUAUUGCUGACAACGGAGGCCUGAGAGCAGCUUAUAAGGCCUAUAUAAACUGGAUCGAGAAGCAUGGUGAGGAGGCCACUCUGCCUGCCCUUGGAAUGACCAAUCAUCAGCUGUUUUUUGUGGGAUUUGCUCAGGUGUGGUGCUCAGUUCGGACACCUGAAAGCUCUCACGAGGGCGUUAUUACUGACCCCCACAGUCCAUCGCGUUUCCGGGUCAUUGGCACCAUCUCCAAUUCCCAUGAGUUCUCUACACACUUUGGCUGCCAGGCAGACUCACCCAUGAACCCCAAGCGCAAGUGUGAGCUGUGGUGACAGUGACUCUUAUAUGGGGGACUGAACCUGGAGCAAUUAUCGCUCAAAAAACCCAAACAUCCAACUCAGGUUGCCUAAUCUAGACUGCCAAAAAGCUGGUGAACUUAAAGUGGACUACAGAUUUUCCAGCUAUUACUUGCCUCUUAAUGGGGAAUUGGUGUAAAUAGCUACUCCAAGGAAGGAGUUAACGGAGUUUUGUUCUUGCAAACAUUCAAAACACUGGAAGUUAGUGGUUAAAUUUAACGAGAGAAGGAAUUCUCCUUUCUGCAAAUAUGUUUUCUGCAAGUAUGUGCCUUUUUAGCAAAUGCUUUUAUUUUUCUAAUAGGAAAUAAUAUUUAUGUUCUCUGUCUUACAUUGUUGGUGGGUUUUUUUUUUUUUUUUUUGUCUGUAAUGUUUGCCAAUUCUUGCACAACACAUUGUGCAACAUUGUUAGAUAACUUUGAUACAUGGAGACAGUUUUAUAAGACUGUUCCAUCACAUCUUAUUUGUUGAAUUUGCCUGUACAUUAUGAACUUGAGCAAAUAAUUUGAUUUUAUCCAUCUCACAAUGUCACUUAAUGUCAAGUGAAGACUAGGUAAUAGUAUGUAGUUGGACCACUAAACAAGAAAGUGCCUUUAAAACUAUGCAAAUAUGGACUUGCUGGGAAAAUAUGUUUAUUACACACAGAUUCAAACUGCCCUUCUGCCCUCAAAAUGAAUAGGAAAUAUAGGUAACGCUUCACAACAUUACCUAAAUAUAUCCACAAAUAAUACUUUUUUUCCACUCAAAAACUGACGUGCAGAACACUGUGGCCUACGAUCAGUCAGUUCCAAAAAGAAAUACAGACCUUGUGCUAACUGAAAGAAAGCAAGUUGACCAAAAAAAAAAAAAAAAGAAUCCAAGAUUUGGUGAUGAUACAGCAUAAUGAUACAUUUACAAGCAAUUUUUAAAAGGCUGGUCUUUUUGACUGGGAACAUUAAAAUAUGUAUAAGAGUUAAUAUUUAUAUUGCUUUUUGUUAGUUCAUCAAUUACAAUUGCUGUAAUUUUCAUUGAUGAUUGAUUCAACAGUAUUUUUAUGGUUUAUAAUUUGUCUCUCCGUUCCCUGGAAGUAAGACCGACAGAUGUCGCCACAUUCACAUAUAUUAAUGGCGACAGAAAUGCCAAAUAAAACGCAAAGCUAAUGUUCUUAUUAUUAGGUUCCUACCAUCUAACCCCAAAAUACAUACUUCAUAACAUAGGCAAACGUAUAUAUUCUAUUUUAUUCGAGCCUUUUUCGAAUGUAACAUUUGUAGUCUUUAUACUGCAACCGAAAUUUGGGCGGGACCCCUUUUAAAAAGGUGAAACUGCACUUUUAUAUUUAGUCAUAAUACACUGCGUAUUAGCCUAUGGCUCACUUGUCUCUUACACUGAUUAUUGGUGGCUUGGAAUGUAAUGGAGAUGGCAUUCAUUGUGUGAAACAGUGCAGGCAUGUGGCGACUGCCUUCAUGACGUCACUUUCACUGGCGAUGUGCGAUUCGUAAACGAAUCGUUCUCUUCAGAUCUUGUCAAUGAACCGGUUCACAAUAACCGGCCUGAACGAACUGAAUCCUGGUUCUCAAGUCAACAACUCACCGACUUUUAAGAACUGAAAUUACACAUAAAAUAUACUGGAAAUAUGUUUUACUGAUUUAGCAACAAAUGUAAUGAAUAAAUAUAAUGUUGAAUAAAUAUAAUAGUUUACAAUUUA